GUGUGGAGGGAGCGUCACUAUAUAACUGGAGCGCAAAGGAGCCCCAUAUACACAUUCGCUCCGUCACCAUGAAGUUGAUCUUGAUGGUUGCCUUGACUGCUGUGGCAGUGGCCGACAAGUUGCCAGAAACCGUUCCAGUCGUCGCCAUCCUCCGCAGCCAGCAGGUCAACCCCGACGAGCUCGGUGCCCACAGCUCCGACUUCGAGGCUGACAACGGCAUCAAGGUCCAGCUAUCUGGCUCUGAGGGAGCUGCUGGCGGCUCCAACAUGGCCGGCUCCUGGAGCUACCCCCAGGAGGACGGCAGUAUUGCGUCAGUGAAGUUCGUAGCUGACGAGAACGGCUACCAGCCCCAGUCCGACCUGCUGCCCGUGGCCCCGGGGUUCCCCCACCCCAUCCCCCAGUUCGUCCUCGACUAGAUCGCCUUCGCCGAGGAGGAGAGGAAGCGCAAGGCUCAAGAGGCAGUCUAGAUUCAAUACGACUCAAGAGGAUGCCGCCUAAAGAAAGAAUGGAUCGCUGAGCCUUUUUGUGCAUAGUCAGAUACCUUAAAAUAAUGUUGUCUUGCCUAUAUAUUGAUAUCCUCUAUGCCUUUGGAACGAUUUAUAAUUAUGUUAAAGACUAUAUGUAUAUAUCGCCUGCGCCAUAAUAAAGGGGACAAUAAAU